GCGGCGGGCCAGCGACCGGGGGUGGCGAACAGCCGGUCGGCGGCUGGGGGCGGCAGGUGGCGAACUGCCGGGGACAGCUGGAGGAGGCGAACGAUGCCUGUACGGGGGAGGAGCGAACUAUUCCGUGGGAGAGAAAUAGAUCUAGGAGUAAACGGAGCGGACUGUUCCGCGGGAGAGAAAUAGAUCUAGGAGUAAACGAAACGGUACUUCAUAACCAGUGACAGGUGGGAAUUUUUUACCCCAAAAGUACUUGAAAGCAAGAGGGAAUGUACUUUUAAUUUUGUACUAGAGCAAAAUCAGAUUUUAGGCAAAAGCACGUGUAGCUUUUUAACCUUUUGAUUAGUUUUUUGACUUUUGUAAAAGCAAGAGCAAAUCCAAAAGUCCAACCAAAGAUACCCUGGAAGGUGAAUGGGCUUUCCCAUCUUCCGGAAGAUGGAUAGGAUUCCGGAAAGUCAGAGAGUUCGCGCUGUUACGUUACUGUUGUUGUGGCCCAGGUGAAAGACGCAACAGCCCGCUAGCUCGGAGACCUAGCCAGCCCAAGGUCCAUGCUGCCAAAGCGGCCCACAGGUACGAGGCCUUUUUAAAUAUACAUGUUUUGAAAUAAAACGAGGGCUUUUUAUAGAAUUCGGUCUGGAUUCGACUGCUCGAACUUGGCGGAGACCACAACAUGCAAGUUCACGAAGAUGGCCAAUUCGCCUGUUUUCAAAGGAUUUUUUUUAUUUGAGAUUUUUUUGAGGUAGCAUAUCAAUUCAGUUAAAGCAAAUGUACAGAUACACUGUAGAAACAAAAAAUUAGAUACAAUCCAAAAGACUAGAGAAUGAGAACCGAAGCUGCCUAGUUUCUUUUGUGGUUAAUUUGGGGAUUAUUUUUAUUUCAAAAAAAAGGGAUUAUUAGGGCCAUAACAGAACCGUGUGGGACCAAACAUGUAGUGUGAUUAGAUGUCUAAAAAUUAUGUUUCUGUUCUGGUAUGGUAGGAGAGCGGGGGGAAACAAGUCUCGAGGGGACAUCAGCUAGUAAAGCAUGGAUGCAUGAUUCCAUGACUCCAUGAGCAUAAAUAAAGCCAAAGAAGACCUAACGGUAAGUCAUAGUAAACGCAUAAACGGUACGGGGUGGGACAGCCCGAGACCCCGAGUCCACCUUCGGUCAAUCACACGCCAAACCAACAUGAGUACACUCGCACUGCACCCCUCAGGCCAGAAUAUUCAUAUCUGCAAUGCUAGGGAGUAGGUAGACACACCAUUGCUACUAGAGCUAUUCAAUCUCAACUCCCCAAGGCUCAGGAGUCAUCUACAACGAGUCAGUCUCUGUGUUGCUGGUUUAAUUUGUAGGCUACCUGUACCUCAUUUGAUAUGACCUUCAUCUUUCAUUCAAAAACAAAAUUGAUAUGACCUUGCCUGGAUGAAAAAAAAUUGUAGGGUAACCAGCAACCCUAGUCUUUUUUUAUCUCCAAUACGUAGGAGAGCUGCGCAUCAUUAUAUCAAGAAAGGAAGCAUUUAAAUUACAACAUCACGGAGCAAACUCACGUAGUGAAACGGAGCAAGCAGCGCUCACACACACACACCCUAAAGAGCAUGUGAGCAACCCUAGUCUUAGGACUCUAACGCGGCAGAGCAAUUCUUCCAUGAGUCUGAAAAACGUAAUGUGCUGAAGAACCACGGACAUUUAUUAUUAUUGCAGUAUUCAUGAUUUGAUGAUGUGAAUUUUGUUACAAAAGAGCAUGUUAUGGUACAUUUAGUCUUGUAUCAUAGUUCGUUUAGGGCUGAAUUUUGAUGUAUUAUAAUGUUUGUGAUUUUUUAACUCGUGACACACGGAUUUUUGCAGAAAUUCGAGAAAUAAUGAUAAUACAUUUAGUCGUUGGCCCAUGAGUCAAAAUAUAGUAAAGUGAUGGUACCAGAAUAAACUAGAUGAACCAGUGCAAAAGUUAACAAAGAAAUAGCCAUAUAAUUUAGCACCGUGUGUGUGCUAAGCCUAGAUCUGCAAAAACUACCACUUGAAUGGUAGAAUUCUAACAAUGCUGUGUUAGUUAAUCAUUUCGGUGCAAUUACGUUGGAUUCUCAGGCAUUGGCAACACUUACUGCAUUUUCACCAGGUAUUUGCUGAUAAGUGUGGGUACUGGUCUGCUAGUCAAUGUCGGGGUGCCAUGCAUCAUCCGAGGUGCGUGCGUGGUAGGUUGAACAUCUCGACACACAGCGUGUUAAGAGUGUACUUCACAUCGUACAGCAGGAGUGCAGAAGAAUAGAAGGUACACAAGUGGCAAAAGCCGCUAGGGUAGGGGACAGAAAACAAUGACUCUUGACCGAGACAGACAAGGAGCUGCGUAUGUAUAUAUGUGCCUUGGAUCCUCUGUUCUCCUCACACUCGAAACGAAACCCAUAGCGUACAGCUCAACAAGACUCGGGUAGCUUCAGCCUUCAGGUCAAAGCACAUCUGCCAAUAACUUUUGUUGUUAGCUCGUCGUGUGCCCAUGGACCAUCAGUAUCCGUUCAUGUACGCCAGCGCGCCGCCGACGCCGGGCAACAUGGAGACGGGCCUCAUCACGGCGUACCCGCCGGCGCAUGGCCUGCCCGUGCGCGCGCCAGCACAGCAGCCCGGCGGGGGCGCGCCGGCGGACGACAGGGACAGGAGCGGCGGCUGGGCGGGCAACGACCCCAACACGCUGCUCGUGGUGGCCACGCUGAUCACGGCGCUCGCCUACGUUCUCGGCCUCAGCAUGCCCGGCGGCUACUGGCAGGGCACGCAGUUGAGGGACGACGGCAGGAUUGUGCACCUCGCCGGCGACCCCAUCAUGCGCGACCUGCACCGGCCGAGGUACUGGGUGUUCAGGGUCGCGAGCUGGGUCGGGGUCGCGAGCUCCAUGGUGAUGACGCUGAGCCUGCUCGUGCGGAUGGCCGUGGACUCGCGCCACGUGCUGUGGUCGUUCUCCGUGGCCUUCUCCAGCCUCGUGCUCACCUUCAUCGUGUCGCAGUCCAGGACGAACCUGUCGCUGGACAUCCUCGUCUGGCUCGCGGUGCUCAUCUUGACCUGGCUCAUCAUCGGCCUCCACCCGGACAGCCGGGCGCGCGUCAUCUGGGCGAUCUUCUGCGGCAACCGCGGCAACUGAAAUAAAGAAACAUCUUUCCUUUUUAUUUAUAUGAUUGUAUUGUAUCUGAGUUUUUGUGUACGGUUCGUCCCGAAGCUGGCUCAUGCACUGAAACUAAAUUGCUUCCGUAUUGGUAGUGCGAUGUUUGAUUGGCUUUUCUCAGUCACUGAACUCAAUGUAAUUUUUUUUUCGAGUAACUCAAUGUAAAUUUUUAUCCAAUUAUCCAUACAUA